AUUUAUUAUUAUCUAAAGCUUCAAUUUUUAAGGUCGAAGUAACCUUGAAUGUCAGAAUUAGGACACCUAAAUUUAAUUUCGUGUUUUUUUUUUUUAAUUUUGUAUACAAAAUCAAGCUUUUCGUUUGAUGUGAAUUAUGGAGAGUUUCGAUGAGUUUCGUCAAAAUCUAAAUCAAAGGCCUACAAAUACAAGAAGUUCUCUGAUUGAGCAUCAGCCAAGACACAAUGAAUUUUCAAACUAUGAUCCCCAAUUCAACACUCCGUCCGAGGAGCCUUCAUUACGAUAUAUUCCACAAGGAUCAUCACUAAGAAGCUAUAAUUAUUCUGGACGACCUUUUAAUUUAUCUGACUUCAAAUAUGAGAACGAUACGGCCUUCGAACCUCGAUUUGAUAAUGUUUCAACGUUUUCCCAAAUGAAUGAUUCCAAUAUGUAUGAGGUUCCCAGACAUGAGCAUCUGUUAAGGCCUGAAUAUUCCUUAUCAAUACCAAACUUUCAUCAAAAGAAUGAUGCUGCAAGAAAUAAAGCCAGAGAAUUCUUUGUACCAUAUGAAGAAUCUGGAAGAACUUUCAAUUUGUCAGAAUUUGCAACAAAUAAUUCAAAUAUUUUACAGCUUCCUCAUGAUAUUUCUAGCCAAAUUCCGAUCCCAUCAAAUACAAUACCUAUAAGACCCUGUUCAACAAGUACCAAUGGAACCAUGUUGAGGGAUCGUUUUGAAGCUUCUCAGUGUCAAUAUAAGGAAAAAGUUGAACAAAAGUUAAGACUUCCCACUCCCAUAUCAAACAAAAAUCCUCUCUUUGAAACUAUGGUUAAGGACAACUAUUUUCCUGGAAUGAUUGUUGACUCUGUCAAUGGUCAAAUUGACUUCAAUAAAAUAGCUUUUGAUGCAGUUUUUCAUUGUGAAAACAUUCCAUCGGAAAUUGAGCAGGACAUGGUUCCCAUGUCCCUGUUAGAAGCAUUCGAUUUGCGAAUUAAAUAUGAGAAGGACUUGAGAGAUGAUCUUGAAAGACGAAAAUUCUUCUGUUCUGAAGAAUUUAAAAAAGAACAAACAAAAUCUACUACAGGAGUUGUUGAAGAAACUUCUGAAAAUGUCACUUAUUGGAAACAUCGAGACGAAUUAAAAUUAGCAAGUACAAUUGAUAUUGAUUUGAUGUCAAAAGUUUCCGAAUUUCCUGAAACUCCUCUGACAGAAGCAAUUAAUUGUCUCCUCAAAGCUGAAAAAAUAAGCAAAUAUGAUAGAAAUGUUCAUCUUGCUGAAGAAGCUAUUCGAACAGCUUCAAAUGGACAGGAAGAACUUGCCGCUUUGAAAUCAACUUGUUCAUUUAAACUCGAUCUACAAAAGGACGAAACAAAAACAACCAAUACUUUUGAACCAUUGGCAAUAAUAAGCUAUAUUGGUACAACAAAGCCAAAUUAUGAAUGAAUGAUAAAUCAAAUAAAUUUAAAUUAAUUAAAAGACAAAUUUAUCUAUAAAUUUCAUGUGUAUAAAAAUUAAUGUUAA